GCCGCGGCGGCCGACCUUAACAAAGCCCUAAACCCACCCAUCUCCCCCUUCCCUCCUCGUCUAGUCCUCUCCCUCCACCCAUGGCUCGCCUCACCCCCACCAACUCUAAGUCCGGCAGGAAGCCCAAGCCCUUAUCUUCCGCUAUGGACGCAGCGGCCUCCCCCUCGUCGGAGCCGAAGCCGCCGCGGCGGCCGAAGAAGGCCAAGUCGGGUGCGGGCGGUGGGAAGAAGGCCAAGUCGGGCGGGUUCGAAUCGAUGGGGCUCUGCGAGGAGGUGUACCGCGGGAUACGGCACAAGGGGUACCGCGUGCCUACGCCGAUCCAGCGCAAGACCAUGCCGCUCAUCCUCGCCGGCGUCGACGUCGCAGCCAUGGCCCGCACCGGGUCCGGGAAGACCGCCGCGUUCCUAGUCCCCAUGCUUCAGCGUCUCCGCCGCCGCGACCCGGGCGCCGGCGUCCGCGCGCUCAUCCUCUCCCCCACGCGCGACCUCGCGAUGCAGACGCUCAAGUUUACCAACCAGCUCGGCAAGUUCACAGAUCUAAGAACUAGCAUAAUCGUUGGUGGAGAUAGCAUGGAGAGUCAGUUUGAGGCCCUGUCAGAAUGUCCUGAUAUCAUUAUUGCGACACCUGGCAGGCUCAUGCACCAUUUGAACGAUGUUAAGGACAUGACUCUUCGUUCAGUGGAAUAUGUUGUGUUUGAUGAAGCAGACUCCUUAUUUAGCAUGGGGUUUGCCCAACAAUUGCAUGAUAUUCUACGGAAGCUAAGUGAUACACGGCAAACAUUGCUCUUUAGUGCCACUUUGCCAAGUGCCCUUGCAGACUUUGCAAAAGCUGGCCUGCGUGAUCCACACCUUGUGAGGCUUGAUUUGGACAAAAGGAUCAGUCCUGACCUCAAGCUUGCCUUUUUCACUCUGCGCCAGGAAGAGAAGCUAGCUGCUUUACUGUAUUUGGUCAGGGAGCGAAUCAGCUCCGAGGAACAGACAAUGAUUUUUGUUUCAACCAAGCAUCAUGUGGAGUUCUUGAAUAUUCUGUUCAGAGAAGAGGGUUUAGAACCUUCCCUUUCCUAUGGUGCUAUGGAUCAAGAAGCUCGCAUGAUUCAUAUUUCAAAAUUCAGGGCGAGGAAGACCAUGCUACUAAUUGUGACAGAUGUUGCUGCAAGGGGCCUGGAUAUUCCAUUGCUGGAUAAUGUAGUGAACUGGGAUUUCCCUGCAAAGCCUAAGUUAUUUGUUCAUAGAGUUGGUCGAGUAGCUCGACAAGGUAGAACUGGUACAGCUUAUACAUUUGUCACUUCAGAGGACAUGCCAUAUUUGUUGGACCUACAUCUUUUCCUUUCAAAGCCUCUUAGAGCUGCUCCAAUGGAGGAGGAACUUCUAAAAGACAUGGAUGGAAUAAAUCUGAAAAUCGAUCAAGCUAUUGCAAAUGGGGAAACAGUGUAUGGGCGUUUUCCUCAAACAGUGCUUGAUCUUGUCUCUGACGGAUUGAAAGAAGUCAUUAGUGGAUGCACUGAAUUGAUUGCAUUAGAAAAGCCAUGUGCUAAUGCCUUCCGGUUGUAUCUGAAGACUCGUGUUAUGCCUUCAAAGGAAUCUAUCAAAAGGGUAAAAGAUUUGCCUCGCGAAGGUCUUCAUCCAAUUUUCAGGGAUGUUCUUCGGUCAGAUGAGCUUUCAGCUCUUGCAUUUUCAGAACGCCUGAAAUCAUUUCGGCCGAAGCAGACUAUUUUAGAGGCUGAAGGUGAAGCUGCUAAGUUCAGAAAUUCUAAAGGUUCUAAUCAGUGGCUAGAUGUGAUGAAGAGGAAACGGGAAGUUCAUGAGGGGAUCAUAAAUUUAGUUCAUCAGAAGGGUUCUGUUGACCUACGGCCAGAGGAAGAAGAGGCAGAUGACAUUUCAAAUUGGGAGAAGAAAGAAGUUUGUGGUAAGAAACGGAAAUCACAGAGCUUUAGAGACGAGGACUACUACAUAAGUUCAGUGCCUCAAAACCAUCAUUUGGAAGCUGGGUUGUCAGUAAGGAGCAAUGAAGGAUUUGUUGAAAAUAGAUUGGACGCUGCUGUUCUUGAUUUAGUCGAUGAUGAAGCUUCUGGUAUGCAAGCACAGAAAACUCGAUAUCACUGGAUGAAGAACAAGUUUGUCAAGUUGAACAAUGGGGAUCGUGUCACUGCUACAGGAAAGAUUAAAACGGAAAGUGGUGCCAAGUUAAAGGCAUCAGCAACAGGGAUAUAUAAGAAAUGGCAGCAGAGGACACACAAAUCAAUCAAUAUUGGUGGGAAAUCUGGCAACUUUUCAGAGGAGCGCACAUCCAGUACAGGUGGCUAUCAAAGAGGGAACAAGAGUCACCCCGCAGCUGGCCACAGACGCUGGUCUGUACCAAAUGCUGAUGUGCCAUCCGAGAUAAGAAACCCCCAGCAAAUGCAGAAGAGCAGGCAGCAAAAGGCACUGGAAAUCACACGCCUGAAGAACAAAUCCGCAAAAGAUGGUAAAUUUCAGAAUAAAUUCCAGAAGAACCGGAGGCCCGACGGGAAUGGGAAAGGGAGGGGAAAUGGUAGGCCCGACGGGAAUGGGAAAGGAAGGGGAAAUGGUAGGCCCGACGGGAAUGGGAAAGGGAGGGGAAAUGGUAGGCCGGAUGGGCAUGGGAGAGGGAGGGGAAAUGGUAAAGGGAUGGGUAAAGGGCGAGGAGGGAAGGGGAAGGGUGCAAGGUAAUGCCCUGACCCAGCAGAUUUUCUGCACACCGUUUAACAAACGGAAAUGCUUUAGAAGCAGAAGGAAAGAGUACCGUGGUCAAGAUUCAAGUGUUUUUGAAGUAUGGCAGCAGACACCACAUGUGCUGCUCACAGUUUUGUUUAUUUGUAAUGAUGGGCAAAGACAGCCAAGACCUUAGUACUU